ACCUCAAACGCGAUGCCUGGGUGCUGAUGGAGUUUCCCGUAAUAUAAGUGCGGUAAAAUUAAAUCUGUCAGUUGAUGGCGUACGUGUUAAUACAGUGUCGGCCACAUUCACUGAUUUUUAAGUCGAAAUCGCUGUGAUAGUGUUCGUAGUUAUUGCGACGUUUUAUUUCAUCUUAUUUUACGCGUCAUUUAUUUGCAGCCAAUUUACCAAACCGUGUGAUUCCGGCCCCAAAGCGCCGUUAACAUGAAUUCGUCAAAGCAGCCGGCGCAAAGCCGACGAAAGGCGAAGAACGGCGAUAAAAACGAGCCCCCGACCAAAGACCCCGCCGUGUGCUCGCAGAUAAAGCCGUGGAUUAAGGGGGCCAAUGCUUUCCCCACGGGGAGACAGUUGCCCCGCACCCCUCCAGCGUCUCAGAGGGACCGGGGUUCGCUUGCCCCAGCCCGGACACCCGAAGGACCGACGGUCUGUAAGCAGCCUCGCCAGACUGAGGGGGGGAGCACGAACUACCCAGCGUCCGCACAUGGAAUAGAUCGGAAUUGUUGUGCACCUGCCGCAGAAGAGGUGCAGGGUGGAGGCGAGCGGGAGCACAGAGUCCGGAGGCACAGUACGAUCACUGCCGCAGUGCAGCAGAAUGAGAUGAAUCUUGAAUGCUUCAUCAAGGGCAUGCAGGGCUACCAGUGGACUGCAGAGGACCUCGAGUUUGUCGAGCGUGCUAAAAACGAGAGGCAGGUUCGACAGCUGAAGGCAGAGUUAUGCGUGCUGCUGAAGCAGCUUAAGGACGAAGAGCAGAAGAAAGAUCUUGCCCUGGCCAUCAGAGACAAAGUGCAAGGAGACCUGGCCCAGCUGGCUGACUUUGAUCGGAUCCUGCAGCUGGGUAGAGACUUCCUCUGCAGGAAGCUGCCAGCGGCUGAAGUCGAGAAUAUGGACUUUGAAUCUGUCCUGGAGCGUAUUAGAGCUGCAGACAUUCAGUCUGCCACGCGUGAGGAGCGGUCAAGGCUAGUGGGGCUGGAGGAGAAGCUGUCCAGGCUGCAGCAGCUCUGCAGCAAUGAAGAACAUCAUCGUAAGGAGAUGGAAAGUCUCACCGACAAGAUCAGUCAGAAACAGGCAAAAGUGGAGGAUUUGAAGAGGGAGGUAUCUGAUCUUAAGUUGAAGAUUUCACAAGCAGAGGAGACGUUGAUAGAGACCAAGACUCAGGUGGCAGCACUAAAGGUUCAAAAAAAGCCACAGAAGGAAGAAGAGAUGGACAUGACCAAAGUCCUUAGACGCUCCAAGAGGAUUGCAUCGAGGAAGGAGAAAUUUCUGGAACGGGAGGCCAUUUUGAAGAAAAUACAUGCUCUCAAGUAGCUCAUAGGAUCAUGUUUGUCCAUGUAAUUAAUAAAAAUAAAGGAUUUUCUAUGUUUUAUUCAA